CUAGGUUCUUUCUGUACACAGUUGCUUCAGGGUGUUGGCUGGUCAAACAAAAAUAAGUGGAAUCCUUUUCCUCCUAAAUGUGAAAAGUGGAAUAAACCCAGGGGCAGUUUCCUCUUCACACACAACAUGCACAGGUGAGCACACACUGCAGGUCACAUAGCUGUGCAGCAGAAGCAAACAUGCUCAGACUCUGCUCUUAGACCGACUGGUCAUGUGACUGGGAUAGGCCCGGGGAGAGGAGGGAGGAGGAGGAGGGGGAGAGCCCAGAGACCCCUACUCCUGUGAAGUGACUCCAGAAGACAGCCCGAUUGAUGGGUGCGCAGCUAAUCCCCACCCAAGGAGCCUAUCAACACAUAAUCCGGAUUGUAGGAAAAAGUCUCUCUCCUAAGAGAAAGUGAAAUCUACAGGGCGCAUUGAGUACAGGCUCAGGAUGCCAACUUGUGGCUAGCAUCGGAUCCCCUGCAUUCAGACAGGAGCCAUUGACAUAGGAAUGCAGCAAGUCAGUGCACAGCCUGGAGCUAACGUCCUGUGAGAGUCCAGCAGCAUCAUCUCAGGUCCAUGAAGGAGCUGGCCACCAUGCCAGACGUCACCCCAAUGUCGCUCUUCCAGGAGGUGUCUUCAGAACUUCUUCAGGGACCUUCACCCAGCGUCCUGGGCAGAGUGCAGCAGUGCAGGCAGGGAGUGAGUGCCCUGGAGGAGAGUUUAGAGACGGACCUGCAGGUUCUGAGCAGGAUUCGGAAGAGUGUUAGAUCCAUCUAUACUUCAGGCCUGUCGUUUGUGGAAGCUCAGGAGAGUUUUGUGGAAGCUCUGCAGGCUUUGGGUUCCAACCAGCUCUCAACCAACAACCAUGAGCUAACCACCGGCUUCCUGAACUUGUCUGUCCUUUCAAGGGAGCUGGGCGCGCUCUUCAGUAACAUGAUACACAACCUGAACAGCAUCCUCUCUUUUCCUGUUGACUCGUUAUUACGUGGAGAUUUAAAAGAUGGACGAAUGGAACUGAGGAAGCAGGCAGACAAGAGCUGGAAGGAAUGCGAGAUAAGAAUGACAAAGAAAGCUCGCUCAGGAGGGUCCCGAGCAGAAUCUGACAGUGCAGAGGAUGCUGACAAAGAGAAAAAACUCUUUCAACUUCACUUAUGUGAGUACCUGCUCAGAUUAGGAGAGCUGCAAGUUAAACAGGGUCCUGACUUCCUGGAAUCUCUCAUCAAAGCCUUUCAUGCACAACGCAAUUUUUUUCAGGAUGGAUUAAAUGCUACGCAAAGUCUCCUUCCUUUCAUAGAGAAGUUGUCGUCGCCCCUUCAUACUAUUCAUCAGGCUCAGGAUGACGACCUCAAACAACUUUCAGAUGUUCGGGAUGAUCUGCAAAAACAGUUACUUAUAGAAAAUAAAGAGGAUUCAUUUAACAGGAAGGAUUCUGGAUAUAGUUUGCACCAACAUCAAGGAGAUAAGCAGCAUGGAACAGAGAAAUCUGGCUUUCUGUACAAAAAGAGUGAAGGUAUCCGAAAAGUAUGGCAGAAAAGAAAAUGUGGAGUGAAAUAUGGAUAUCUGACAAUAUCUCACAGUACGAUUAAUCGACCUCCAACUAAAAUUAAAUUGCUGACAUGUCAGGUACGGCCCAAUGUUGAGGACAAAAGAAGCUUCUACUUAAUCACACAUAACAGAACAUAUCAUUUUCAGGCUGAGGAUGAGGCUGAGGCGUUCAUAUGGAUAUCAGUGCUUCAAAACAGUAAAGAUGAGUCCUUGAACGCAGCCUUCAGCGGAGAUACAGGGUCAAAUGACCACUCCAACCAACUGGCAAAGCAGAUCAUUAAUGAGAUUAGGUCCUUACCUGGGAACCAAGUGUGCUGUGACUGCGGAGCUCCUGAACCCUCCUGGGUAUCCACCAAUUUAGGAAUUCUCAUCUGCAUUGAGUGUUCUGGGAUUCAUCGCGAUUUAGGAGUGCGCUACUCACGGGUUCAGUCUUUAACUCUUGACUUACUGAGCACUUCUGAACUCUUGAUUGCAGUUUCGAUUGGAAAUGCCAAAUUCAAUGAUGUUUUUGAAGUAUCUCUUCCAACACCAAAUCCCAAGCCCAAAUCCAGCAGUGACAUGGCUUCUAGGAAAGAUUAUAUCACUGCAAAAUAUGUGGAACACAACUUUGUGGACAGAGAAAAAAGCAAUGUUCUGAUUGGGAUUAGAGAGGCCAUUCAACAGCAUGACUUGGUGUCCCUACUGCAGUGCAUGGCGAAUGGGGCAGAUCUGAGUAAACCCCUUCCCUCGGUGGACAAUCAGGAUCAUCCGGAGCAUCCCCUUCACUUUGCUGUCUAUAUGAGUGAGAAAAAUUCCCUCCCAAUAGUAGAUUUCCUCAUCCAAAAUGGGGGAGCUGUGGAUAAAGUUACAGCAGAUGGACAAACAGCCCUACAUUAUGCAGUGAAAUAUAAUAAACCAGAUUGCAUACGGCUUCUCCUGAGAGCAAAGGCAUCUGUGAAUACUGUCAACCAUGCGGGAUUAACUCCAUUGAUGUUGGCUCAGACUCUUAAACACUUAGAAUGCGAAGAGCUGCUGGAAAGAGCAGGAGAUGGGAGCUUUAAUAUUGAACUGGAUUUUGACUGGUUCCACAUAGAAGAGGAAGUAAGCAACAGUGAUGAGGACGAUGGAGAAAAGCUGAGCCCAUUAUACCCAAAUCCUGUGUUGCCUUCAGCAGUCAGAUCCUACCAGAGACAAACUUCGAUGGGAUUGGACAUCAGCAACAGAACUUAUGAGACAUUUCUUAUUCCCUCCAAACCACCACCACCUCAUAGAUCCUGGAGUGUGGAGAUGCCACCACCACUGCCUGCCAAAACACAUAGUCGUAAAGCCCAUGAGUUUUCUUGGCACACCCCAGUCACUUUGGACCGCCCUCUCAGCGUUUCUUCCUGCCCACCUGGUGGAGGGGAUUGGGAGGGAGUUUCAGAAGUGGGAUUGCAGCGUCGGUCAUCUGAGCCUCCACGAUAUACGUCAGAUUCUCAUGGCCAUACACACAGCAGUUUAGGCAUGGAUGGAGUAAAGUCUUACAGAAGAGUGAAAUGUUCUCAGAAUGUGGAAAGUUCAACACAAGCUAGACCUCCAUUACUGUAGACAACCCAGUACCGUGGAUAUUUCAUAGUUGCCGCUUUCAUCAUGAAGUUAUCCUCGUAUCACAGCUUCAUAUAUUAUGCUCCAGUGCAGAAUAAGAUAUGAGUACCAGGGGAAAACUGUUAUUAUCCUUUAUUUAUAUCCUGCAGGCUAAUCGCAGACGCUGGAAAAUGUAAACCGUUUAACAAUAUUCAAAUGUGCGCCACCCAAACGGAUAACAAUUUGAGCGUGUGCACUCCUGACCCAUACUGGAUGUUUCCUGCUGGAAUCUGACAGAAGAUAGCAUGGUCGCUUAGAAUUUUACUUUUUCACCCUUUUUUCACAUGCUCGUGUCAUUGCUGUGGAUUCAAGAUACUCACAGAUGCCAUAUAUGUAUGGAUUUAUGAUUUCUCCUCUUGAGUUAAAUGUCGGAAUCCUAUAUUUGACUGAUGAACUAGAUGAUGCAGUCCUACAACCAUUUCUCAUCACCCGACUGACUAUUGGACUAUAGUAUAGAUAUCGACCACUUCAUCAUUAUAGGGUCACUAACCAGAAAGAAAAUAUCUUUUUCAUGAAUUUUAUCUGUCUUUGAGGAAUCUAUUCAUUUUACAUGUUUGUGUUAUGCACAUUAGGGCAGGUUUAUUAUUACUGUUAUACCAACAAGUCUGUGAUGUGUGAGACCUAGUAUCACUCAUAGUAAUGUGAGGUCUACAACUAGCACGUUAUGCGUGUUAUCUGUGUGUUCAGACAAGUCAUUUUUCGUGCCAUAGAGCCUUAGCCUAAAUCAAAAAUUGAGUUUUGUAGUUGGAAUCCAGAUCAGACAGCUUCUGAUCUGCCAGAAAAUGCUAAAUAACUGAUCCUUUUUGUAGCAUAAGUUAUGAUCAGUUGUCAGAGAUCAGUUUAUUUUUGAUGCGAGAAAAUGUACUGCAUGCAGUGACACAAACUGAUGCCGACUGGUCAUAACUGAUGCAAAAAAAUGGAUCAGUUAUUUUUAGUGCAAUUUGAUGAUAACUGAGCACAACUGAUGGUUAAAUUUAGGGCUCAUGCACACGGCUGUAGCCGUAGUCCACAGAUCCGCAAAACACGGAUACCGGCCAAGAUCCUUCCACCAUUUUUUUAUUUUUUUUAUUCCUCCAGAAAUGUCAUAUGCUUGUUCGCAAAACGGAGAAGGAUAGGACAUGUUCUAUAUAUUUUUGCGGGGCUGCGUAAUGGACUUACAGAUGUGGACAACAUAUGAGUGUGCUGUUCGCAUCUUUUGUGGUCUCUUUGAGAUGCGGAAAAAUUGCGGAUUGGAUGCGGACCAAAACUAUGGUCUAGUGCAUGAGCCCUAAUGCUCAGUUCACUUCAUCGUUUAGCUUUCUGUUCUUCUGAUCCAUCAUUAGAACAGAGAAAAACAGAUCCUUAGGGAGCAUUCACACGACCGUGUGAAGCCCGUGCCCGUAUUGCGGUUCUAUCAAAGAUCAGUUAUUUUUGAAGGGAGAAAGUCCUGCAAGCAAAAUAAAGGAUCCUUUUUUUUUUUUUUUCUGCUCCUUUCUGUUCUUCUGACGGAUCAGAAAAAACGGAAAGCUAAAUGGUGGUGUGAACUCAGCCUAAAGUGGAUCAGGGCUCAUUCACAUCAGUUAUAGGAGCAGAACGAAAAUAACGUAAAUGGGCCGGAUUCGCCACAUAAAUGACGUGAACGGAACCUGACACAUCCCAUUGACUGUAAUGAGAUCCAUUCGGUUUCCGUUCAGGAGAACAUUUUUUUAAUGAGCCUUCCAGUCAGAUGUGACAUACCAUUGGUUAUUUUUCAUUUUUCUGUUCAUCUGAUGAAUCAGAAGAACGGAAAGCUUAACACAGAUGUGAAAGAGCUGUAAGCCAUUGAAAUAUGAGAGCAUUUCUAAAUAUUGCCAUAGCAAUUCUAUUUCUAAUGGUUCUGAAAGGGGAAUAUUGAACUGACAGAAUGGUUUUCUAAUGAGUAUUUUAUAAGACUAGAGAUUAUCUGCUGCAAUUUAGAGGCCUUCAGCUGGCUGUGCAAUAGUUCUCAGCCUGCUGCAGUUUUGACCCACAGCAAUAAAAUGAAUAUUACCCAACUGUCCCUGGUCAGCAGACAUUUAAUCAAACAGGGACUUGGAUCUUUAUAUCGCUGAUUCAUGGCUAGCCUCCCUAUGGCAAUAAACAAGAAUGCUUGGUUGUGAAUAAAGCUUAGGGAAAAUAGCCAAUUGCCGAAUCCCAUCUAUAGCCUGUGGGUAGCUUUACUUAUUUAGGUUUCUUAAGGAUAUAUUACACUGGCUGAUGCUGGGCCAGAUCAUCGCUAACGAGCAUUGAUAGGAACACUUGUUAGCGAUGAUCUGGCAGUGUAAUGCUGCCACUGAUUGCUCAUUCAUCGGCCAUGAUCGGGGGUGCCUGCAUGAACGACAGGAUCACUCGUUCAUUGGGUGAUCGGCGGCACUUUUACAUGGCCAGAUUGUCCGGAAACUAUUCUCAGGCUGUGUAAAUGCACCUUUAGGACACAGAAGGUCCAGAGGAGGAAUAAGGGCCUUUUGCAUGGACUGAUACAAAGGUCAAUAAACGAUUCGUAGCUGAUUAUUUCCCACUUCUGUGAGCUGCUGCUACAUACAUGAAGCAAUCAUCCCCUCUGUAUGAGGAUGAAUGAUCAUUAAUGCAUUUGUUUGUCCCAAGACAGUUUAUUGGUUUGGCAGCAGCACAUCCCUGUUUACACAGGCAGGGGCUUACACAGAUCUUAUAGGACCCCACAGCAAACCUUACUAUUGUCCACUCCCCCAAACCCAGUUUCCCAGUACGUAUAUUUGCUUUAAUCACUCCCAGGGAACGUAGAAUGCAAAGUGCGAUGCCACAGAUGUCUGAGCAAAUUUUCAUUUUAUUAUUAAAGGGGUUAUGCCAUGAUCGAUGUAAAAAAAUAAAAAUCCGACAACAUAUAGUA